CUCAUAGGCUGAAGCACAGACACCACUUCCCCAAUCUACAGGAGCCAUUUUAACAGCAUAAAACUUGCCGGAUUGCUUUUUAUUUUCAAGCCCAAAGACAAAAAGAGAACGGGAAUAUUUGAAGGAAAGGUAUAGCAGACAUUUUACCAGUUCAGCUCUGAGCCAUUGGCUAUCAUCUUUGUUUGCAUCUUGCAGGUUUAAUAAACCUCUGAGAACAGAGGCCUGCCAUUGAUGCCUUCUUACCCAUUCAGCAUCUUACCAUGGUUUAUUGUCCUGGGGGGUAAAAUCCUUGAAGACCCUAAACAGAUGGGCAGUUGAUGCAUUUCAGAGCCAAGAAGCUCUAGAGAAGAAAAAUUUCAGAAAAAUCGCCUCUGUUUGACUAAAAUACCAGUGAACCAAGAAAAUUUGAAGCACCAUCCCUAAAGAAAACCUGGUUUACAGUAACUUCACAGACUUAGCUGAGGGUUUUUUACCCAAAUUGGUCACUGGAUUCUGCUGCCUCAUACUUGAACCUGCUUGGAAUUUUUCUCAUGUGGAUCUAAGGGGAAUGCUUUAUUAUGGCUGCUGUUGUCCAACAGAACGACCUAGUAUUUGAAUUUGCUAGUAACGUCAUGGAGGAUGAACAACAGCUUGGUGACCCAGCUAUUUUUCCUGCUGUAAUUGUGGAACAUGUUCCUGGUGCUGACAUUCUCAAUGGUUAUGCGGGUCUAGCCUGUGUGGAAGAGCCCAAUGACAUGAUUACUGAGAGCUCCCUGGAUGUCGCUGAAGAAGAGAUCAUAGAUGAUGAGGACGACGACAUCACGCUUACAGUUGAAGCAUCCUGUCCUAAUGGGGAUGAAACGAUCGAAACUAUCGAGGCUGCUGAGGCACUCCUCAAUAUGGAUUCUCCUGGCCCAAUGCUGGAUGAAAAACGAAUAAAUAAUAAUAUAUUUAGUUCAUCUGAAGAUGACAUUGUUGUUGCCCCAAUCACCCAUGUAUCCGUCACAUUAGAUGGGAUUCCUGAAGUGAUGGAGACUCAGCAGGUUCAAGAGACAUAUGCAAACUCACCAGGAGCAUCAUCACCAGAACAACCUAAAAGAAAGAAAGGGAGAAAAACAAAACCUCCACGCCCAGAUUCCCCGGCCACUACGCCAAACAUAUAUGUGAAGAAGAAAAACAAAGAUGGUAAGGGAAACACAAUUUAUCUCUGGGAAUUUUUACUGGCAUUGCUCCAGGACAAAGCUACUUGUCCUAAAUAUAUCAAAUGGACCCAGCGAGAAAAAGGCAUUUUUAAACUGGUAGAUUCCAAAGCCGUAUCCAGGUUGUGGGGGAAAUACAAAAACAAACCCGACAUGAAUUACGAGACCAUGGGAAGAGCUCUCAGGUACUAUUACCAAAGGGGUAUCCUAGCAAAAGUAGAAGGUCAACGCUUGGUGUAUCAGUUUAAGGAGAUGCCGAAAGAUCUUAUUUAUAUAGACGAUGAGGACCCAGGUUCCAGCAUCGAGUCUGUGGAUCCUUCACUGUCUUCAACAGCCACUUCAAGUAGGAACCAAGCAAGCAGAUCUAGAGUAUCCUCAAGUCCGGGGAUUAAAGGAGGAGCCACUACAGUUCUCAAACCAGGGAAUCCUAAAGCUACAAAACCCAAAGAUCCUGCGGAAGUUGCACAGCCAUCAGAAGUCCUGAGGACAGUGCAGCCCACACCAUCUCCGUACCCCACCCAGCUCUUCCGGACUAUUCAUGUCGUCCAGCCAGUACAGGCUGUCCCAGAAGGAGAAGCAAGCACCACCAGUAGCGUGCAGGACGAAACGUUAAAUUCCUCUGUUCAGAGUAUUAGGACUUUACAGGCUCCAGCCCAAGUUCCAGUGGUCGUGUCUCCUGGGAAUCAACCUUUGCAUACAGUAACACUCCAGACUGUGCCAAUCACAACAGUGAUAGCCAGCACAGAUCCAUCUUCGGGUGCUGGGUCUCAGAAGUUCAUUCUACAAGCCAUUCCAUCAUCACAGCCCAUGACAGUAUUGAAAGAAAAUGUCAUGCUCCAGUCCCAGAAGCCGGGCUCCCCUCCUUCCAUUGUCCUGAGCCCUGCACAUGUGCAGCAGGUUCUUACCAGCAACGUCCAGUCCAUCUGCAAUGGCACCGUCACUGUGGCUUCAUCUCCGUCCUUCAGUGCUACGACUCCCGUGGUGACCUUUUCUCCUCGAAGUUCACAACUCGUUGCCCACCCACCCGGCACUGUCAUCACGUCAGUUAUCAAAGCUCAAGACACAAAAACACUCAUACAGGAAGUGGAGAAAAAGGAAGCCGAAGAUAAUUUGAAAGAAGACAGUGAGAAAACUGAGCAGCCACAGCCUUACGUGAUGGUGGUAUCCAAUUCCAGUGGAUUUACCUCUCAGGUAGCUAUGAAACAAAAUGAAUUGCUGGAACCCAACUCUUUUUAAUAAAUACGCCAAAGGAAUUGUGGAUGAUUGGUUUUUAAUUGAACAUUUUCAGUUGCCUGCAAACUCUCUGAUUGAUUCUAAGAGAAAUUCUACAGAUGUUCCUAAUUUUUUAGCUCAUUGUUAAAAAUAUUAAUUUAGAGUUAAUGUUGACUUUGUUAGAUGAGGGAGGGAACCCCAGUGUUCCUCUUUGUUCUCCAAAUGUUUCAGAUUGUGAAGGAACAGGAAUUUUGUACUAUGAAGUCCUUCUUUUCAGAUUUUUUCCCAGUUGCUAUAUCGUAAGCAUUUUUAAAGUUUCUUUUUCAAUUUUUACAUGGUAUUAGUUUUUCUGGUUCUUUUGUAAAUAGUACUUCAAUAUAAGGCAACAGGAAAUUUAUGUAGGAACUAUUUUCAUUCCAUUUGUGUAAGUUAAAGUCUUGACUCUUUCAAAUGCAAGACACCUGUUUUCUAUUUUGUUAAAAUUAUGAUUUCACUUAGAUUGACGUUAGUUUGGUUGCACUGUCUUAGGCAAUAUGAAUAUGUAAAAAAAAAAAACAUGAAAAAUUGGAAAAUGUCCAUGAUAUGGCUGAACCUUACUUCAGAAGCAGAAUGGUACAAAAGCAUCAGCCCUUUCAAGAGUGGCUGUCCUGCUAAAUAGUUGUAUAAUGUUGGGCAAAGCCACUGGAUCUUUCUGGGCCUCAGUUCUCUCAAAAAAGGAAGGGGUGCUUUGGAUUAGACUUGAUGAUCUCCAGUUUGCUUUCUGGUUCUAAAUUUGAGGUUUCUAGCCCCUAUAUUUUAAAGUUAAAUCAACUAAAACAUUAUCACUUAUUUCUUAAUGUAGAUGUAGCUAACACAUUACAGAAAAGUGGCCCUACAAAAUUCAUUCUUCUGUUAUCUAUAAGAUCUGUUAUGAUUCUGAAUUCUUCCUAAAUACUUUGUUAACUAACUCUUUAGGCCACUGUGCACUGUGGUCAUUAGUAAACUUAAUGUUGCCAAGUGCUAAAUGCUAUACUGCCGAUCUGAAAGAUCCAGGGCUCGCUCUUAAGGGCCCGGAAAGCAACCAAGACUUGAGCUCAUCUGACUGAGUAGUCAGUUGCUAUAAAAGCAUAAUUGCUUUAUAUUUUGGAUCAUUUUUUAUUGGGAGUGGGGGGGUUGCAUACAAAGGUAAUAUACAUUAUAUCUAAGUCUCUGAAAUGAAAUAGUUUUUAGAUUACUUUUUCAACUGUAAAUAAUGUACAUUUAAUUUCACAAGAAAAAAUGUUUUCUGCAAAUUUUCUAGUACAGCAAAGGAGAAAUUUUUGUAGAUGAAAAAAUCACUGUUUAGAGGUCUAAUGUUAUAUGUUUUCAUAUUAUGGAGUGAAUUUGUAUUUAAACAAAAAUUUAAAUUUUGGAAUCCUCUAAACAUUUUUGUAUCUUUAAUUGGUUUAUUAUUAAAUAAAUCAUGUAAAAAUUCUCAA